CUUUGUCAUUGUCAUUCCUUCUGUCAGAUUCUUGAAAUUUUGUAAAAAUGGCGUUCAGCUUUCCAGCCUUUUCUUACAUUAUAGCGUUAAUAGUUGACGCAUUCCUUAUAUUUUUCUCAAUAUUCCAUGUUAUUGCGUUUGACGAACUAAAAACUGACUAUAAAAAUCCAAUAGACCAGUGUAAUAGUCUAAACCCGUUGGUGUUACCGGAGUACUUGCUGCAUUUAUUAAUAAACGUCCUGUUCUUAUUGUCGGGAGAAUGGUUUUCACUGUUAAUAAACAUUCCAUUGAUCUUGUAUCAUCUGCACAGAUACUACACAAGGCCAGUCAUGUCGGGUCCAGGGCUGUAUGACCCGACGAGCAUCAUGAAUGCUGAUGUUCUCACAGUCUGCCAGAGAGAAGGCUGGAUCAAGCUCGCAUUUUACUUGUUAUCAUUCUUUUUGUACCUUUACGGAAUGAUCGUGGUGCUGAUCGCAGCAUGAGACAUCGCGUACGUUUAGUUACUCGUUUCAAUAAGUCAUAAUUAAUUUAUUGUUAGCCCGCGGUUGUAUCGUGUGUCCGAUGAACAAGGAAUGUUGUAUAGUUGAAACUUCGCAGUAUUUUGAUAAUUAAAAAUGAUUGCAGUA